CCCAAAUACCGCAACCUUUCGGGCAAGCUAUUGGCGCUGUUGGAAGGUUCGCUAACGGGUACUCUGUAUGUCUACCAAGGCCAGGAACUGGGCCAAAUCAACUUGAAAGAUUGGCCGAUUGAAAAGUACGAGGAUGUUGACGUCAGGACCAACUACGAGAUCAUUGCCAAGAAGUAUGGGAAGAAAUCGCUACAGAUGGAGUCCUUUUUGCGCGGUAUUGAUUUGCUAUCGAGGGACCACGCUAGAUCCCCCAUGCCAUGGUCUUCGGAGAGCCCCAACGCGGGCUUUUGCGGACCCAACGCCCAACCCUGGUUUUUUUUGAAUGAAACUUACAAUCAAGGAAUUAAUGCAGCCGACGAAGAGUCGAACCCCGAUUCCGUUCUGCACUUUUGGAGAAAGGUCUUGGAAACGAGAAAGAAGAAUAAGAAAGUUAUGGUAUAUGGGUAUGAUUUCGAGUUCAUCGACUUGAAUAACGACAAGCUUUUCAGCUUCACCAAGAGGUCCGAGGAUAAAAAGCUGUUUGUCGCUUUGAACUUUAGUGAUGAAGAGAUAGAGUACAAAUUUCCACAGGGGACUACCUCAUCCAGCCUCAUUCUGGGAAAUUACGACAACAUAGACCAGUCGUCGCGUGUCUUGCAACCUUGGGAAGGAAGACUUUACUAUGUCGAUUGA